AUGGAUGAACCAAAGCAAUUUAAAAUAGUACUGUUAGGCAAUACAGGAGUUGGCAAGUCAUCGAUAUUCCACAGACUGGUGUUCAACAAGUUCAACCCAGAAUACAGACCAACCUCUGGAACAGACUUCCUCUCAAAGCCAUUCUACGUCAAUGGUACAGUCUGUAACAUACAGUUCUGGGAUACAUCAGGUGAAGCAAAGUAUUGGUGCCUGACAGAGGUGUUCUGGAGGACGGCACAUGCAGCUGUACUGGUGUACGACGUUACGGAUGAGAAGAGUUUCAAGGAUCUGUCGUUCUGGCUUAAUGAAUGUAAGACAAAGUGUCAUUCUGUGGAGCAGGCCACAUCAGAGAAGCCUGGCAUCAUCUUUGCAGUACUCGGUAACAAGGCCGACAAUGAUAGGAGAGCAGUGAGUACCAUUAGUAGUAGUAGUGGAGGUAGUAGUCGUUCCCAAGAUAUCAGGCUUACACGCAGGACGCCAAACCAGGUACCAUUUGAAACAGUUGGACAAUGGUGCAAGGACAACAAAAUCAAGCACUACUUCGAAGUCUCUUCAAAGGAUGGAACAGGUGUCAAAGAGUCCCUAGUCAACCUGAUAGAGAAGGUAUUGGAGCAAGCUUUAGCCGAAGAGUAUGAAGACUCACUAUCUGUUGAAGGCGCUCCACUAUUGCAAGACUCUUCUUCAAGACGUAGAGAGUCGUCGGCUCCAAACUCCCCUCGAGCUUCAUCAUCUUCGUCAUCACGCUGUUGUAGUCUAAUUAGCGGCACAGACGCCAAUCAAGAGCAACACAUGAUCAUUGGCUGGCGCGACGAGACCGCAUUCCAUCCAUCCCUUUCACACUCCACCGCCUCACCAACUCCAAGUUGGUGA